CUUAUUUUUGAAGAAUCUCGAAGCCAAAAGCGAAUCCGGAACACACACACACACACACACACUAUUAUCACAAGGAUUACCUCGCGUACAUUCUGUGAGGAUCGCACAUCACGUACCUUAUUUGGAAUAAAAAACAUAUUUAAUCCCUUAAUUACAUACCGCGAUAUCAUACAGCCAAUUUUAAAUUGGUGUCGCACUUGUUUUUGUUGUGAUCACGUUUGUUUCUUUGAUUCAAUCAUCUUUACUCGAUUCAUUUCGAUAAUCGACAAAAAAGGCGACAAAAUUUUUGUGUACGACAUUUUACGGCCGAGCACCGCACUGGAUCAGCGGGGGCAGAUUGGUUCUGAUUCCAACACAACUUGCGUCAAAAGACGAAAAUGUGAAAUGGACCGUGAACGGGAUAUGUUAUCAUCAAUGGAACCACGUGAUCUUUCAUCAUCGGGUCGAAUAUUUUCGGCAGCAACAUCGGCUCAAAUAAAAAUUAGUACAUCACCAACUCGUUCACCAACCGUGUCGAAUUCAUCGUCACCGACCCAUACGUCAACCACACCAGCGCCAAUAUCGCCGGCAUUAAGCAGCGGCACAGCCAGCACAUAUCAUCAUGGCAAUCAUAAGACAAUCACUGGCAUUCCAUGUGUUGCGGCCGCGUCACGGUACACGGCACCGGUACACAUUGAUGUGGGCGGCACAAUUUAUACAAGCUCAUUGGAAACAUUGACCAAAUAUCCGGAUUCGCGAUUGGCCAAGUUAUUUAACGGAACCAUUCCGAUUGUUUUGGACUCGCUGAAACAACAUUAUUUUAUUGAUCGUGAUGGUGGCAUGUUUAGGCACAUUUUGAAUUUUAUGCGCAAUUCAAAACUGUUGAUUCCCGAUGAUUUUGCUGACAUCGAUUUGCUGUUGGAAGAAGCACGAUAUUUUGAAAUUGGACCGAUGGUUAAGCAACUAGAACAAUCAAAAAAGGAUCGUGUCAUUCGAAAUGGUAAUACAUCGGCAAUGAAUGCACUUGGGCAAUCAACGUCACCAAUGAAUCCAUCACGCUUGAAAAACCAUCAAAAUCGCAAUCAAUCAAUGGAUACAUAUGAAAUUGUUGCAUUGCAUAUAUCACCCGAUUUGUGUGAACGUAUCAUGUUGUCUGCUGAACGUUUCAUACUCGAUGAAAUCUUUCCGGAAACCAAUCAGGCGGUGCUUGAUGGCCGCACAAAUGUCGCAUGGAAUCAAUUGGAUGGUCGAAGUGUCAUUCGAUUUCCAUUAAAUGGAUAUUGCAAAUUGAAUUCAAUUCAAGUGUUGACCCGUUUACUGAACGCCGGUUUCACCAUUGAAGCCAGCACUGGUGGCGGCGUUGAAGGCCAACAAUUCUCCGAAUAUUUACUUGUGAGAAAACAUUCAGCAGUGUGAUAUUUAUAAGUGCAUCAUAGAUUAACCUCAUUUUCAUCUUUCCUUUCAUCAUCAAACCACUUUAUCCCAAUGCAAUCCAAUCGAAACUUCUACGCAUCCAUUACGAAAUUCCCAUCAAGCAAUAUAUAAUCUCUCUCACACUCUCACUCACUCUCCUUCUCUCUCUCUCUCUCUCUCUCUCUCACACACACACGCAAGCUCAUCUCUCUAUCAACAUAUGCAACCACGAAUCAACAAUAAAAUCAACAUAUAUAAAUUAUUCGAAUGGAAAAAAGAAAAGAUAGCAAAUAUGCACGAUAUUGAAAAACACACAAAAGUCCUACAAACUGUCCAGAAUGUGCGACUGGUUUAACGUAAAACUAGAGACAAGAUUAAGGAAGAAAUCACAUAAUUCUUAAUUAAACCAGAUGAAAAUCUCUUCACACACACACACACACACACACACACACACACACAC